GCUAAACAGGCACCCAGGGUGGCAUCUUCAAGGAAGGUGGAAAUUUCCGGAAGCUCCACCCCUUCCCUAUAAAGUCACGCCCCCAAGCUCUGCAAGAGCUUGUCUCUUUCGCUUUUGUAUUCAGGUGGUGUGAUUGUAUUUUUUCCGCGCUGCUAUCAUGCCGGGCCUCCUGCUAGGGGACGAAGCUCCCAACUUCGAAGCAGAGACCACCCAGGGCCGGAUCCGCUUCCACGAGUUCCUGGGAAACUCAUGGGGCAUUCUGUUUUCUCAUCCACGGGACUUCACUCCAGUCUGCACCACAGAGCUUGGCCGAGCAGCAAAGCUGGCACCAGAAUUUGCCAAGCGUAACAUUAAAAUGAUAGCCCUCUCCAUAGAUGACGUCAAAGACCAUCUCUCUUGGAGCAAGGAUAUCAAUGCCUACAAUAAGGAUGAGCCCACAGAGAAGCUGCCCUUUCCAAUAAUUGCAGACUCUAAGCGGGAACUUUCUGUUCAGUUGGGGAUGCUGGAUCCAGAUGAGAGAGACAAAGAAGGCAUGCCUUUGACUGCUCGUGUUGUAUUUGUAUUUGGUCCUGACAAGAAACUCAAACUCUCUAUCCUCUACCCAGCGACCACUGGAAGAAACUUUGAUGAGAUUCUAAGAGUCAUUGAUUCCCUGCAGCUGACAGCUGCAAAGAAAGUUGCCACCCCGGUUGACUGGAAGCCUGGGAAUGAAGUAAUGGUAAUUCCAAGCCUGUCAGAUGAAGAGGCCAAAAAGCUGUUUCCGGGUGGAGUUUGCACUAAAGAACUCCCAUCAGGGAAGAAAUACCUUCGUUACACCUCUCAUCCAAAAUAAAACAACAGCUGUGAAGAGUGGUUGAACAAACCAGAAAGUUGAUCACGGGGGCUUUUUUAGAACAAAUGAUAUAACUGCUUUGUGUGAAAAUGUUUAAGGAUGUGAAGGCAUUUUUUUUUUUUUAGUUUCUCCUUGGAACAUGGUAGCUGGUGAAGUUUCAGCUAGCUAUCAGGUAAAGGCUGCUUCUCAUCUAUGUGAUCAGCUGUCUGGGUUUGGGCUGUGAGCAGAGUCUGCAAUAAUGUACUAAUGGGCAGUUAAUUAUUUACUUUCAACCCUUCAGCUUUCUGUUCUUCAGUCGCAUAAUCCGGUGCCUCCUCGGCAUUACAAAUUUGUGAAUGGAAGCUAAAUUCUGUUGCUGCCAAAAUUCCUGAUUAAGUAGAGAAGAAUCUCAAUGUUGUUCAAAUAUAGUCAUGCACUUUUAAAAAAAAAAAAAAAGACUGAGGGUUCUUGGGUACAGUUCACCAGAUGAAAGUGCAUUUUUCCCACAGUGGGAAGUUUGUUCCAGUAACCAUGUGCCUUUAUUGCAAAGAAAUGAACCUUAUUACAAAGAAGUGAACCUACUGUAUUAGUUAAAAGCUGUAAUGAAAAGCUGGUGUUCGUUAUGCCGAUGAUGUAUUGGAGAUGUGAAGCAGAUUAGCUUUACUGAACAAACAUUUAACAACUUUUUCUGUAUCUUUGUCUUUUUGGUCAUGAUCCUUCACUCAGAAAAUAAAAUUAGCAACUAA